AUGGGGCCCUCGCCUUUGUCCCUGAACGGCCAAUACCCUCUCCUCUCUCCCCUCGCCGCAGCCCGGCCUACAAAUACCACCCCAGCUGAGCAACCACACCAUACAUGCUUGCAACAAAGCUUGUGUUGUGCAACAACAGCAGCCCAGACAUCUACUAGCUCCAGAGUCAGGACUACUAGCCCAAGACCACACAAGUUCCAACACCAAGUGCUUCCAAAUUCCGAGCUUCUCCUUGCGGCGCAGCAGUGUGCAUGCUCUGCCCGCUUCUCUGAUCUAAGGGAGCAAGCGCGACUGCCACUUCACAUCUUUCUCCAGGCGGCGAAGAUGUCGGUGGCGGUGUGCCGUGGCCCAGCUGUUCCGGCCUUCGAGGCGCCCUGCUGGCUGCGCCCUGCCGAGCCGUACAAGCAGCCGGAGGUCGUCGUCGACGACCGGACUGCGCAGGUGGACAUAUGGAACGCCAUCCAGGCCGACGUCGACAAGGUGGCGCCCGCCGGCGCUAAGAAGGCGUCCAAGCCGUACGUGCACCCGCUCGUGCGCCGGUCGUCGAGCCUGAUGAGCCAGAAGAGCCUCGAGGUCUGCACGGAGAGCCUCGGCAACGAGACCGGCUCUGGCGACUUCACGUCGUCCCUGGACAUGGCCAGCCUAUUCGACUCGCCGCUGCCGGCGGCGGCGGCUGCCGCAGCACCGGAGGAGUCCUUCUGGCAGCACGACGCGGGUCGCUGCUGCGAGGAGGAGCAGUGGGAAAGCAAGGAUCUCGCGGCGGUGAACUACCACUGCUCGGCCGGGACGCGGUCACCGCGCCGCUCGUUCCCGCCGCCGCUGCCGUCCAUGUCGCGCAGCGACGGGCCGUGCCUGCAGAUGCGCGCGCGCCGCCAGGACGGGCGCCUCGUGGUCGAGGCCGUGGCGGUGAGGCCGCGCGGGUACCUCCACGCGAAGCGCCAGGGCGGACGCCUCCGCCUCUCCUUCGUCGAGUGCUCUGCUCGCGACCAGAGCGCGGCGAGCAAGAUCACCGAGGCCGCAGCAGAGGCGCCGUACUUCCGCACCGUGGAGCCCAGGAGCGUGCAGGAGGAAGAGGCGGCCGUGGAAAUGGAGGAGGACGACGAGGUGAUGGAGGAGGAGGAGGAGGAGGUGGAGGUGGUGGACAGGGGCACCGUCGUCGAGGUCAAGGUGAGCACGCAGCCGCAGACGCACACCGCGGCCAAGGUGCACCGCUCGACGCUCGUGAUCAACAAGUUCGUCGGCAGCACGCCGGUGUCCGCUGACCAACCCCGGUGCCACACCGACGACACGACACAGCACGAGGCGGACACCUGCGACGAGGCGGCGACGGCACAGUCACCACGCCCGACCCUGCGCCGGGUGCCGUCGUCCACGACGACGCUGGCGGCCGCGGUCGCCGUGGCCUCGACGGGGACCGACGUCGACGUCCCGCCGGCUCCGGAGGACGACGACGAGUGCGGCGGGCUGCACCUUUCCGGUGCCUCCGCCGCGGCCGAGACCAAGCAGCUCCUGCUGUCGUUCUCGUCGCGGAGGGGGGACAAGCAGGACCUGCUGCAGAGCGUGCGGCGGUGCAGGCAGCUGCGGCAGAAGAAGCUCUUCAUCCUGGAGCCCUACUGCAUUGCCACCUCCUGA